CAACUUGUUUAUCUAUUACUCAAAGUCAACAAAGACUUAAGAAAGAGUAAUAAAAAUAGUGCCUUCAACUACAACUUGAACACAAUUAUUUUCUUCAUACAAUGUCUUCUACUUGUACUCAAAAUUGGAAGAAUGAUGUUUUCUUGAGUUUUAGAGGUGAAGAUACGCGUAAAACUUUUGUUGGUCAUCUCUACUAUGCUCUAAAACAAAAAGGAAUUCAUACAUUCAAAGAUGAUGAAAGAUUGGAAAGAGGAAAAUCAAUUUCACCUGAACUUGUUAAAGCUAUUGAAGAAUCAAGAUUUGCUAUUGUUGUAUUCUCUAAGAAUUAUGCAUCAUCCACUUGGUGUUUAGAUGAACUUGGGAAGAUCAUGGAAUGUAAAAAAGAUUUUGGACAAACUGUGAUACCUAUAUUCUAUGAUGUAGAUCCAUCACAUGUAACUAAACAAAGUGAAAGUUUUGCUAAAUCAUUUGCUACACAUGAGGAAAAUUUGAAAGAUGAUGUUGAGAAGGUGUUAUGCUGGAGGGAUGCAUUUCGUCAAGCAGGCAAAAUAGCUGGAUAUGAUUUGCCAAAUGGCUACGACGGGCAUGAAUCUCUUUGCAUUCAGCAUGUUGUUGAAGGCAUACUGAGUAAAUUAUGUCAAGUUAUUUCAACCAUUGAAAAUGAUUUAGUGGGGAUGGAAUCUCGAGUGCAGGAAGUAAGUUCAUUACUAAGGAUGGAAACAUGCGAUGUUCGUUUUAUUGGUAUUUGGGGGAUGGGCGGCAUUGGUAAGACAACAAUUGCAAGUGCUGUGUUUGGCAAAUAUUCGGGCCAAUUUGAAGGUGUUUGUUUUCUUGAUAAUGUUGCGGAAAUGCAAAGGACACGUGGACUGCAAUAUCUGCAAGGUGUUCUCCUCUCGAAAAUCCUCAAAGUAAGUUUAACUAUAGCAAGUGUGUAUGAAGGCAUGAGAAUCAUAAAGGAGAGGCUACGCUCAAUGAAAGUUUUGAUCAUUCUUGAUGAUGUAAAUCAAAAGGACCAAUUAGAAAUGUUAGUUGGAGGGCGUGACUGGUUUGGUAUCGGCAGUAGAAUUUUGAUUACAACAACAGAUAAACACUUGUUACAUAAUCAUGUGGUGGAUGAAGUGUAUUCAGUCAACUUGAUGACUCGCGAUGAAGCAAUAGAGCUAUUCAGCCUACACGCCUUUAAGCAAAGAAUUCCAGAUAAAGAUUUUGAGGAGCUAUUAAAUCAAGUUGUACAGAAUGCCGGUUUUCUCCCUUUAGCUCUGAAAAUUCUAGGUUCGUCUCUCUACGGGCUAGACAAGAUUGAGUGGAAAUGCACAGUGGACAGACUCAAGGAUAUGCCAGAUCAUGUUCUUGCUAAGCUUAAGAUAAGUUUUGAUGGGCUGAGUCCUUCUGAUCAGAGACUAUUUCUUGAUAUCGGAUGCUUUUAUAGAGGAAAAUUGAGGAGUUAUGUAGAGGAAAUUCUUGAGAGUUGUGAUAUUGGAUCUACAAUAAGAGUCUUGAUUGAAAAGUCUCUCUUAUUUGUCUCACCAUAUGACACAAUCGAGAUGCAUGAUUUGAUACAAGAAAUGGCCUGGCACAUCGUGAGACUAGGUGACACAAGAAGGAGCAGAAUAUGGCUUCCCGAGGACAUCGAGGAUUUGUUUACUGGAAAUUUGGAGACAGAAGCUGUGGAGGGCCUAUCGAUCCCAAGGGAUUACAUACGAAAACAGGAUAUAUCAUAUUACAACAUAAAUGAAACAUUCAGGAAAAUGAAAAGAUUAAGGGUGCUUGAAGUCAGAGCAACAAAUUUCUGCUCUAUUGAUCCGAUCACUCAUCUUCCUAGCAGCAUAAGGUGGCUUGAUUGGGAAGGUUGCCCUCUAAAUUCAUUGCCACAGAGUUUUGAACCUUCAAAGCUUCUUCGUCUUGAUAUACUUGAAAGUACUACAAUUCAGAAGCUCUGGUCAAUUUCAAAGGGAUUGGACAAACUUAAAACUUUGUACCUCAGCUACUGUGAGAACUUGGAAGAAGUUCCAAGCUUUGAUAUGAUGCCAAAUUUAGAGAGAGUAAAGCUAGAGGGAUGUAACAGUUUGAGAGAAGUCAGCCCAUCUUUUGGAGUUCUCAUGAAACUCACUUCAAUGGAGCUAAUUGAUUGUCCGGGCCUCGAGAAGCUUCCAAGUUGUAUUGAGAUGGGAUCCCUUAAGAGUCUCAAACUUUCUUGUCUUCCAAAAUUAAGGGAAUUGCCAGAAACCAAGGGGAUGCACCGUUUAUUGACGUUAGAGCUGACUAACUGUCAAUACCUUGAGAAGCUUCCAAAUUUUGAUCAGAUGGAAUCCCUUGAGACUCUCAAACUUUCUUGUCUUCCGAAAGUAACUACAUUUCCGCCACCUGACGGGAUGCACUGUUUACAGGACAUUGUUAUAGAAUAUGUUCCGAUAGUAGAGCUUCCAGCAUCAAUCGGGAAUCUUCGUUCGCUCAAACAACUAAUAUUAAGUCAUUGUAAAGAUCUGGUAAGCAUUCCAAACAGCUUUUGUUGUCUGAAGAAUCUAAGAGCUCUUCUGAUCUACAACUGCAAAAGACUAAUCUAUUUGCCAGAAAAGAUUGGUGACUUGAAACUGUUGAAGAAGCUAGUAGUAUCUGGUACUUCAAUUUCCCGGAUACCACCUUCAGUUACAGAUCUUGGUGAACUAAACUUCUUAUCGUUCUCUCGUUGGUCUGGAUACAGACAAGGUGCAACUUUUCUGUUCCCCCCUGUAUCAGGUGAAUCGUCGUCAUUGAGGGUGUUAAAACUAAAUAAAAACAGGCUAUGUAGUGCUGAACAUUUUCAGGAUGUUGGAGGUUUAUCUUCCUUGGCUCACUUGGAUUUGACUAGAAAUGAUGAGAGCACCAAUCAACUCUUUCAUUACUUAGACAUAACAUUUUGUGAGAAGCUUGCGUUGCCCGAACUUCCGCCAUGUAUAAAGGAGUUAUAUGCAUGUGAUCCUUUAAUCUUGAAAAGCAUCCCUGAUUUCCUUACCAAAUAUUCAGAGCUCUAUUCAAUGUCAUUCACGCGGCAUAUCGAGAACAAAGGUGAACUGACUGAUAUGUUGCUUUUUAUCCUCCGCGUGAUUAGUGUGGCAUCUCAGUGUGAGAAAAGGCCGCCAUUUAGCCUUUUCUUCCCUGGAGAUAUAAAAUGGAAAUGGUUCACUUAUUAUCGGAAAGAACAAACGAAAAGAUUCUCCAUUCAACUUGAUCCACGUUGGUACGAAAGUAAAUUCAAAGGAUUUGUUAUAUGCUUUCGUGUACCAUCGGUUAUUGGUCAGAACCUGAAACCUUCAGAUGGUAAAUCACAACGAGGAAGUAGUCGUAGGUUCGGAUGCACUAAGGUUACUGCUAAGUUAGUGCAAAGACAUAACAGGCAAGAACAUGAUGUACUCCAGAAAAAAUGUCUGAUCGUUGCUCGCCAAACAUUUUGCUCUCACGGUAGUAAAUACGCCAUUUGUUUUAGCUACAUACCUUUUGUAGCAUGUGAGAAAGGGAAGAAGCUGCUAAAUGAGUAUUGCUUCUUAGAGGCAUCGAUAGAACCAGACAUUGCAACAAAAUGGGGACUUCUUCUGGUGUAUGAGAAUAAAAUUCAACAGAUAGAUCAAUCAGCCAUCGCGGUCCAAUGUGAUGUUGAUUCUCGGAAUUCUGACCUGUUUAGAGAAUGUAAUGAUGCCCAAGGCCAGAGAAUAGAGGAUGCUUCUGUUAAGAGAAGACGUCUUGAUCUUCGUCAAGUGAUGAAGGAUUCGUGCUCCACCAGUAUAGUUCCUGAUCAACAAAUGGAAACACCAAGCUCUUCUGCAGCACAAAGUUUCCAGCAUAGGGAAGAGUCAUGCUCUUCAGGACAGCCCCAAACUAGACAGCUCCCUUUAACUGAUCCGCGAGUUGAUGAAGCAAUAGAUGAGGAUACCUCAUGCAUUGUAAUUGAACAGCCUGAUGUUUUUGAAGUCUCUCCAGAUGAGCACAAAGAUAAUUCAAUGACAACUGGUUCUGGCUGCUCUGAAGUAUCCCAACAAUUGGAGACACAAUGCACUUCUGGACAAUCUCAAACUCUCCGGCUCUUCCCUGAUCAUUCAUGAUUUAGAAAUACCGAAGGACCUCUUGGUUUGCUGGCCCAAAGGCAACAAAUGGCAGGAUGUUCAAGGUUGGGGUGAAACUUUUGGUGAAAUUUUAUGUUUUUCUGCAUUCUGGUUGGGUGUGUCCAUCACCUUUUCUUUUGUUUUAUUCUCAAGCUACUUUUAAGGGUCGUUUGGUAGGAUGUAUAAGACUAGUACUGAAUAUGGUGUAUCAGUAAUGUUUGCAUUAGUAGUGCUGA